AGGCUGAACGUGCGCAUUUAAUCAAUUACUUUUACUUUUUAAUCCUCCUAGUUUCUGAAACCAUCCUGGGCUGCACGUCAUGAACCAUGUCACAUAAUUUUCUGUGUAUUGUACACGGUAAAAUAAUUUAAAUUACCAUAGUUAGUGAUGUGGGCUACACCAGAUUCUCCUAGAGUUUUGGUUUGGCUUGGUUUUGAUUUUAGUCCGGCUAUAUAGCCCUCGCUGUCCUGCAACUCCAUUUGUGUCAAGCUGGCCUGGUACCUAUGGGUACCUAGCUCCUAAACCCUAAAUUCCGGUUUUGUCCUGUCACAUCAUUUCAUCACCCUUCUAGCAAACAAGUCUGAGAACUGACUGAGAGAGGCCAGGUUUGCUGUGUUUGCAAUGCACCACACUCCGACUCAGCUUUCAGAACUCUCCUGGCCCCGGUGCCUUUUGGGAUGUGUAGUCAGAGAGGAUUUGAGGCAUGCCGGGAAUAGUAGUUCUCUGGGGCUUCUCCCGGUGGCGGGGCUGCUCGCGGCGUUUUGGGGGGCUCCUGGCCGAGGUGAUUGUGAUUGUGCCAGAAGAGCGCGUCUGGGGUCGACAUCCUCGUGACCGCUCGUACUGAGAGCGGCGGAAGCGAGCGCCGGCGUCCUUACAGGCCCCUUGCGCCUUCAUUGUGCCUAUGGUGCAGAUGAAGAAACCAAGGCACAGUGUGACCCGAGCAUUCGCUGAGCCUGGAUAGGAGCCGUGGACUGGAAGCAGAAUUUACUUCCCAUCUGUGCUGCUUGCUAUGUCUUGUCACUUUGGGUAGACUGGAAUCUCCUUGACUGUCCACCUCAGCCACGUCGACAGCACAGCCCCACCUCUGCUUCACAGAGGACCAGUUCCAAGAAUUCCCAAACAGCCAACACUCAAGUUCUUGAGACAUACUUGGUCAGCACUCAGCUUUCCUUUGGCAGGAGAACUAAGAAGGGAAAUGGCUGUGGAUUUGCUGGCUGCUCGAGGGACGGAGCCUGUGACGUUCAGGGACGUCGCUGUGUCCUUCAGCCAGGAUGAGUGGCUGCAUCUGGACCCUGCUCAGAGAACCCUGUACCGAGAGGUGAUGCUGGAGAACUACAGCAACCUGGCCUCGCUGGGGUUUCAGGCUUCCAUACCUCCCGUGAUUGGCAAGCUGCAGAAAGGGCAAGACCCUUGCAUGGAAAGAGAAGCCCCGGAAGACACCUGCCUAGAUUUCCAGAUUCAGUCGGAGAUAGAAGCGUCGUCCCCUGAACAAGACGUUUUUAUUGAAGGACCAUCUCGUGGGCUGCUAAAGAACAGAUCUACUAAGUGUGCUUACUGGAAAAUCAGCUUUGGAGAGCUUGUGAAAUAUGAGAGGCUAGAGACAGCACAGGAGCAAGAAAAGAAAGCUCACGAGCCAGGGGCAGCUUCCCCCAAGGAAGUCACCAGUGAAGAUGGAAUUCCCACAGACCCUGAGCUCGAGAAGCCCUUGUUCAUGAAUAAAGCACUAGUUUCACAAGAGACCGAUCCCAUAGAAAGGGUCCCUGGUAUGUAUCACACUUCAGAGAAAGAUUUACCACAGGAUUUUGAUUUAAUGAGAAACUUUCAGAUUUAUCCGGGACAAAAACCUUAUGUCUGCAGUGAAUGUGGGAAGGGUUUUAGCCAAAGUCUUCAUCUUCUAGAGCACAAGAGGAUUCACACUGGGGAGAAACCUUACAAAUGCAGUGAGUGUGGCAAAAGCUUCAGCCAUAGAUCUUCCCUCCUGGCUCACCAGAGAACCCACACCGGAGAGAAGCCGUACAAAUGUAGUGAGUGUGAGAAAGCCUUCGGCAGCAGCUCCACACUCAUCAAACACCUGAGGGUGCACACCGGAGAGAAACCUUACCGCUGCCGGGAAUGUGGGAAGGCCUUCAGCCAGUGUUCAACCCUCACUGUGCACCAGAGGAUUCACACUGGGGAAAAGCUCUACAAAUGUGCUGAGUGUGACAAAGCCUUCAACUGCAGAGCAAAGCUCCACAGACAUCAGAGGAUCCACACGGGUGAGAAACCUUAUAAAUGUGCUGAGUGUGGGAAAGGAUACAGCCAGUUCCCAUCCCUGGCUGAGCAUCAGAGACUCCAUACUGGAGAACAGCUUUGCCAGUGCUUACAGUGUGGGAGAACCUUUACACGUGUGUCUACCCUUAUCGAACACCAGAGAAUUCAUACUGGACAGAAACCAUAUCAAUGCAACGAAUGUGGGAAGACCUUCAACCAGUAUUCCUCCUUCAACGAACAUCGGAAGAUUCACACUGGGGAGAAACUUUACACAUGUGAAGAAUGUGGGAAAGCCUUUGGCUGUAAAUCAAACCUUUAUCGGCAUCAGAGGAUCCAUACUGGUGAGAAACCCUAUCAGUGUAAUCAGUGUGGCAAGGCCUUCAGCCAGUAUUCAUUCCUAACGGAACACGAGCGAAUCCAUACUGGAGAGAAGCUCUACAAGUGUAUGGAGUGUGGGAAAGCCUAUAGUUACAGGUCAAACCUCUGUAGACACAAGAAAGUCCACCUGAAAGAAAGGCUCUAUAAAUGGAAAGAAUACGGCACACCUUUCAUCUACGGCUCAUCCCUCGCUCCACAUCAGAGGUGUCUGAAGGGGGAGAAGCCUGAGGACCUUAAUUCAUCCCUCUGAUCCAGGACACAAGCAGAAGAGGAGCAAGUAGAAUGCAAACCACAAGGGAUUUAUCCUUUUCACUUGGACAGCAAUGGUUACCGCUGAGCCAGGGACAGCAGAUGUACAGAGAAUGCCAACAUCAACCAUUUAAAGACUAUUACCAAAACUGUUAAAAAUUCAUAGAAAAAGUAUGAAAGGCCUCAUUUAAAAACCAAAACACAUAAGUAACUGUUGCGUAUAAGCGUUGUUUCAUGAGAGGGUCUUCUCUCUCUGAGAGCUUCUAUGUUAUGAAUUUUCUUUUCAAGGUAGUCUCUGAUGUAGUUAAUAAUGUGGAGAAUUAUGGGGCCUCAGACCCUAAAAUGGUGAGCUGUUUCAGGGAGAAUUCCUUUUCAGACAGAUCCACUACAGAGGAAAAGAAUACUUUGAUUUGUUGUGCAUCAACAAUAAAGCUCUUUAUGAAUUGCCCCUUAUACAACAUACAUGUGUGUAUGUAUGCACAUAUAUUCAUAUAUACACAUUUAGGACUUUUAUGUAUAUAUGGCCAUGUCACUUAACAGUGGGGAUGGAUACAGGCGUCGUUAGAAAAGGCUUCAUUAGGCACUUUCAUGUUUAUAGCAACAUCAUUGCUCCUGCACAGCCCUAGAUACUCUGGGUCAGCCAAUCAGUGUGAUCUUGAGGGGAUCAACAUACCAUACUAAAAAAAAAAUGAGUUUAUAAUUUAAUUACAUUUCUCCCUUCCCUUUCUCCAAACCCUCCUAUACACUCCUCCCCACUCUCCCUCAAAUCCCUGGUCUCUCUUCUUACUAAUUGUUAUGCAUGCAUAUAGCCAUACUUUUUAUAGUAAUUGUUUUUAUUGGUUUGCUUGGUUAUUUUAGGUAGAGUUUCACUACGUAGCCUAGGAUGGCCUUGAACUCACAUAGACCAGGCUGGCUUUGAACUUGCAGUCUUCCUGCAUUAGCCUCCCACAUACUGGGAUUAAAGGCAUGAGCCAUCAUGCUUGGUGUAAAUUUUUUUUAGUAGAAUAUGUAUAUGCUAAGGAUAAAAGUAUAGUAUAGCAAAUGAGUAAGCUGGUAAUGUGGUUUGUCACCAUCACCGUGUGUCAUGUAUGUAUAUAACUGUGUACUGUGAUGUCAUUUGUCACCAUCACCGUGUGUCAUGUAUGUAUGUAACUGUAUCUGCUAUGAUGUCGUUUGUCACCAUCACUGUGUGUCAUGUAUGUAUAUAACUGUAUGCCGUGAUGUUGUUUGUCACCAUCACCGUGUGUCUUGUAUGUAUGUAACUGUAUCUGCUAUGAUGUCGUUUGUCACCAUCGCCAUGUGUCAUGUACUGUAUGUAACUGUGUGCUGUGAUGUCAUCUGACUGCCAGCACAGAGGGUUUGUUUGCACAAAUGAGCAAUGCAUUAUGCCUAAGAGGUUACAAUAGUUACGAAGUCAUGGCAGCUCUGAUGUAUUGGACAAGUAGGGAUUUACCAGACCGGUUGUAGUCUAAUGAGACCAUUGUGAUAGAUGUUGUCUGUCAUAGGCCAAAACAUCAUCACAGGCAAAUGGCUGCAUGCACACACUCAUAUAUAUGUAUGUAUAUGCAUGUGCUGGUGUAUAUACAUAUACAUACAAAGAGUUAGGACAUUUUUUUUCUCUAUAGUCCUUAGUGAUUAAAAAAAGAUUCAGUUUACUAAUUUAGAAUUUACUGUUGCAAAUUAAAAUUUUCUCCCAAAGGAGACUUCUUUCUGACUCUCCUGUGUCUGUAGUAGGAUCUGGUUUGAAUCUAGCUGGAUAGUCUUACAGUGUGAUAGAAGUUGGCCUGAACAGACAGAAGUGGGCAGACUGUCAUCCAGACAGUGUAUUACGCAUUUUAGAAGGCCAGUGUUGACAGAGUCUCCUGCUAUGAACAGGAUCAGAGAGACUUUAACUUAUAACCUUUUAAGAAUCAAAGCCUUCAGCUCUGAUAAUCUAUGAUAGUUAUAGGUUCAUUUCUAUCCUCAAGGCUCAAGAACACUAUUUGUUUUGUAAUCUGUUCCAAUAUUAUUGCUAGAAUGUAAUCAGUUGUCUUUAGUUUCCUCUAGUGUUGGUGUGAGUAGUGGAGUUGAGAACAUGAUCUCCUUCUAUCUCUGAUUCCUUACCUGCCUCUAUACGUAAAUUCUCAAAGCCAACAAGGGUCCAGGUGGAAGUGUCGCUUUGGUAUGUUUCCGUGUACAGCGGCCUUUCUUUUACACAACUUUUAAUACUUUUUUUUUCCGUGUACUGCUGACGACUGAAUCCAGGGCCUUGUACAUGCUCAGGAGAUGCUCCACCACUGAGCUGUACCUGCAGCCCUCAGGAUUUAAGUAUGUACAGAUGAGUAUUUUAUAUUAAACAAUCUACUCAUUAUUUUAAUAUUUUAUGUCUCCCCUAGUCUUAGUUCCUUCAUUCUUUGACUUACCCCAUUGGUUUGUCAUUUUAGAAAUUGCUCUAGGAACAUUAAUUAGACCCUUCCAUCUGAGCAAAAUGUUAGAAUUAAACAGGCAUUCAACACUUAACCGACUUCUUUUAGCUCAUCACAGUAGUUGUAUGUGUUUAAAUGUAUUUGCAAGAAAAAUAAGACUCCAAGGGAAGCUUCGAAUAUCUUCUUGUACCUAGUGAGCCUGCUCAGUGCCCACUACACUGGUUUACAAAUGCCAUUGCCUUCAAAAGGACGAAAUGAACAAUGGCAUGUUUGGAGUAGGAGGAGAACGUAAGUGCACCUAUAGGAUAUUUUUAUUAUAAGACAUCAUUUUAGGGUUAUCGAUAUGAGUAGACACAGGGACUAGCUUGAAGGUCCAUCCUUUGAUCAAACUUAAGGCACUUCAAACCUCAAAAUACCCAUGACAGGGUUGGAUAUAAUAUUUUCUAAAGGUUAAGGGAGAAAAGCUUUUUAUAACAUUUGAAGAAAAGCAUCUUUUAAAUAUAUACAAAGCAAUAAAUGAAAGCCAUUUAACAACUGUCAUCAUUAAAUCUAGCAAAUGUUGAUUGACAGUAAAACCUACUGCAUGAAAGACAGUUAAGGAACAUUGCAUAAUCCCACAAGAGUACAGCGAGGAGAUGCAAAAGAAGCCCUGGCUUUCAUACUGAGAUCUGCAGGCAGAAGUCCCCUCAUCACAGCGGCCACUGUGGCUUCCCUGAGGCCGUAGAAGCAUAUUUUAUUAUUUAUGAUAUCCUGCCAAACCAGUUAGUAAAUGUCUAUGGAAAUGCCUUCUCUAGACUUAUCUUCCUGCUUACAAAGAAAUAAGAGUAACAUGGUAGAUUAUAUGGCAAUAGACAGAUCUAGAGUUUGAGACAUCAGAAAUGAUCAUUAAGCUGUACUUUUCAAAUAGCUAAUAUGUUAGAACAGAAAGAUGCCUGAGACAGCCACGUGCAAAGUGUGAGCUUUUAUUGAGAAAUAAAAUCAGAAGGAACUAUAAGACAUUUGGGGGAUAUUUAGGGAAAUACACAGGUAAAAAUAGGUGUUAGAUACUGUGGUAUGCUUCCUUAGACUAGGUAAAGUAUUGACUUUAUAUUUCCCUAUCAUAUGCAUGCAAAAGUUUUAAGUUGACAAAUCAUAAUGUCUGCAGCAUAUUUUAAAUUGAAACUGUAGGAUCCAUCAGUGGUUGUUGAAUUGUUGUGACCACCCUUUAAACUUGUCUGUACCUAUGUUUCAAUGUAAUAAAAGCUGAGGCAAAAGUGAUUUGUAAA